AUGUGGUCGCUCUUUGUGGUGACGUCAUCAUCGUGCGUCGCUUAUUCGGACAGAGAUCGGUUGAUUCCGUCAUUUUCACGGUGUAAUUCAUCUGUUUGAGGGUUUCUUUUCGCCGACACUCAGCAGCGGAGUGCUUAGUUCGGAUAUAGUGUGCGUUUAGUUUGUGUUAACACUAAAUUAUUUCGUCAUGGAGUCUACGGAGGCCAACGAGGAGAAGACGGGCUCCGUGUCGGCGGCGCAGCGAAGAGCCGAGAUCCGCAGGAAAAAGCUGCUCAUGAAUUCAGAAGACAGGAUGAACAGGAUCGUGGGCUUCGCCAAAAACGAGCCAGAAAACAACGGAGCAUCGCGCCGUGCGGCAGAACCUCGCUUCCACCUCGAGCUUGACAGAACAGAGCUGUGGUCGUCACCUUCCUCUUCCCCUCGACCGUCUCCCUUCCUGCCAGAGGCUUCGGUCCUCAGCGGCCACUCCCGCAGCGCCACCCCAGAGAGGAGAGGCUCCCCGCUGCCAGACUGCAGCGAGCUGCCGCCUAGUUUGCUGGAAGACAGUCUUCGACAGAGACCCAGGGGCGAGCGGGCAUCGGACGACGUCGGUGGCUCUCCACACAGAGGCUUCAAAAAGUACUUAUCUCGUUUUGACGAUGCCAUGAAACUGCGGGGUCAACUGGCCAACGAGAAGCCGUCACAGGACGGAGGCUCGGACUCUGAGGAUUUUGAUCCUUUCAGAAUCUUCAGGCUGAUCGGCAGCAUCCUGCUCGCUGUUUUUGUCAGAGUUUUUGUCUGCAAGUAUCUGUCAAUAUUUGCUCCAUUUCUGACUCUGGAGCUGGCCUACAUGGGGCUGUCCAAAUACUUUCCAAAGGUAGAAAAGAAGACCAAGACCACCGUGCUAACCGCUGCCCUGCUGCUGUCCGGUAUCCCAGCCGAGGUCAUCAACCGCUCCAUGGACACCUACAGGAGGAUGGGGGACGUCUUCGCUGACCUCUGCGUUUACUUCUUCACCUUCAUCCUUUCACAUGAAAUCCUUCUGCUAAUUGGUUCAGAAACUCCCUGAUUGUUUUUUGAGGGUCUCCUUUUUAAUGUCGCCCCCACUCUGUCUCCCAUAGCAACCAGGCAUGCUCAUUUACACCCUCUGAUGUGGGUUUUUCGUUGAUAGUCUGGAGACAGGUACCUGUUGCCUUAUGGUUGCACGUCAGCUGGAUCGUGGCUCAUUAUUUCAGGGCUCCAUUAAGGUUAAGUUGUGUGUAACCAGAGAGGCGGGUGAUUGUUAAAAGUUCAAGUUAAUUUUUGCUCUGGUUGGAAACAGGACAGCUUCUUGUUUGUAUGUUUGUGGAGCGAAUAUACAGACAUGCAUCUUGUUGACUGAUAUUUAUUGUCCUGCACAGACCAUGGCAGCAAUGUUUUACAGAAACAUGGACAAAAGCCCAGAUGUUUAUCUGUCGGAUGUUCCUCUGCACAAACACUGAUUCUCUUUAACUUGUAAACAUGAAACACAGGAGUCUCACCAGGGCUGGGCGAUGUUUCUUGUUGCUUUGUCUAUUUACUCAGGACCAAUCAGUGGCAAUCUGAAAUGUACAGCUUCAUCAUUUAUUUGAACAGGCUGAUACUCAUUCUCACGUUGACGCAGAUUGAUUUGUGCAGAAGUGAACAGUCUUUUGCCCACACAUUCAUUAGCUCAUAAAACUAUUCUUCGUGAACAACAGUUUUUGAUAACUUGCAUCAGUUUGUUAAUUUAAAAUGAGAUUAUUUAAGUCGUCCCACAACGCUGCAGCUGCAUAACCCAGUGCAGUAUUUUAGUGGUAAGGAAUUCAGCUUUUAAUGUGUAACAUCACAAAGUGCUACACUACACUCUGGUAGACAGUCAACUAUCGCCCAGCCCAGACUCUUUCCACCCUAAUAAAACCUAUAGAUGCACAUGUUGGCCAGGGUCUCGUACUGUGGGCUUAGCCACUGACACAUUUACAGGUGGAUGAUCUCUCAGCUACACAACACUAGAAAUGCCUAUUUGCCUUGUUAGUCAGUAUCAGCAUAAAUUGACUGGCCCCUAUGACCAUCUCCAGCAUUUGAAAACAUUUUUAAAGCAUUGUUGCCCUUCAGCUGAUUUCAGUACUUUCAGUUAACUUCAGAACUUCAUUGACAUGUGUUUGAACCACAUGUGUUUGUGUUGUGAGAUUGUCCUUUAGGCAGCGCUUUACCUAAUGUUUUCUGUUCAGUGUUGAGAACGGGGCCAUCUACAUGUAGACGUUCUUCCUUUCAAACAAAGCAUUUAGUCCUUGAAUGUGAAGUGUGUUGUUUUGCAUGGCUUCGACCCUAAAGUGGCAGUAAACUGUAAAUGUUAGUGUUCAUAAUGAAAUGCGUGAUCGAGGGGAAUGUUUGGGUUUUUUGUGCGAUAGUGGGAAUCUGCCUAAUUGUGUCAAAUAGAUCUGGUGGUGUCUCGUUAAUACAUAAUACAGUAUAAUCUCUUCUUUGUGCUGUUAAUUCCCUCGCUUCAUCCAAAUUUAUUUAUUAAUGUAUAAUAUUUGUUUUUAUGUAAAUGAGCUCAUUUUUGCUAAACUUUACAUGACUGUUUUUAACUGCUCUUACAUAUUUGACUUCAGUAACAAAUGUAGUAUUGAUAUAAAAUGACAGGAACCAGAAAACCAGAACCUUCAAACCAAAUAAACUGUGUGUGACUUACUCAGCCAUCAAUUUGCUCCGUUAAUUAAAUAUCAAAAUAAAAACUGCUGAAAACUCA